AUGCAGUGUUGCUGCACGCCGAUAACAGUUGGAGAAAAAAAAACUAGAAAAAGAAAACUGAUGUCUUCUGAUGAUGAAACAUUAAUCCAGAGCGAGGAGGAAGAUAUUGGCGAUUUCAAUUACUCAACAACAUCGAUUAAAGAUGUGUAUUAUGUGAUUCAUCGCGGUUCUCCUCCAAUAACUCCUUCAUCAUUUGCGACUGUUAGCAAGAAGACGAGAUGGCCUGAUGAUUUAUGGAGAUCCGGAACCCUUGUCUAUGAUAUACAAGAUCCAUCCAAGUCAUUAGGUCCACCAACCUCACAAAAUGACACAAUUUUGCGAUUUGAAAGCAGAUUCGAGUCUGGAAACUUAAGUAGAGCAUUUCACUUAUCAGGCGAUAAAUAUCAUCUCAUUUUAGAAUACGACCACAACUCCAUUGGCUCUGCUCAGUGGUUUUACUUUAGAAUUUCAAAUACUCGCAAAGAUGCAAAAUAUACAUUCAUUAUUUCCGGAUUUCAUAAGAAAAAGAGCUUGUUUUGCACAGGAUCAAAGGUAUUUUGGUAUUCAGAGAAGCAGGCGAGAAGAGAUAACAUUUCUUGGCAGCGUGGUGGCACAAAUUACCAAUAUGGCACCACAACAAGAAAAAGAUCAAAAAAGAAACGCGCUUCCGUCCAAUUUAACAUAAAAUUCCCUUACAGUAACGAUCAAGUUUAUUUAUGUUACGCAUUACCUUACACAUACUCAGAUUUAACACGAUUUACUAAACAGUGGCAAGCCACAGCAGGUGCAGCUACAAUGGUAGUUGAAACGCUUGGCCAAACUUUAGGAGGACGCGAUUGUCCUAUUUAUACCAUCACUUCUCCACACUCUUCGAUACCAAUGAACUCACGACCAUACAUAUUCGUUACCGCCCGUAUUCAUCCUGGCGAAUCUAACGGUUCUUACUUGAUGCACGGAUUUAUGGAUUAUUUACUUGGCGGAAGCGGCGCAUCGAAAUAUCUUCUCGACCAUUACAUAUUUAAGAUCAUCCCCAUGAUGAAUAUUGAUGGCGUUGUCGAAGGUUUCUACAGAAUAUCAUUAUCCGGAAAUGAUCUUAACAGAAUAUGGACAGAACCCGAUCCAGUAUUACAUCCCAUCAUUUUUAAAGCCAAGAACCUCUUUACAAAGCUCUCGAAAGAAAGAGAAGUCGCAAUGUACUUGGAUUUUCACGGCCACGCUCGACUUCAUGGUACUUUCGCUUUCGGAUGCCCAAAUACAGAUGACCCACAGCUCAGAGACAAGGAAAAGAACUACCCGAGGAUCCUUUCUUUCCUUUCUGACGCUUUUGCAUGGCAAUAUUGUGUUUUUUCGUAUCCUUCCGAUAGAAAAAGCGCUGCACGUAUCGUUGUGCGCUCAGAAUUGAAUGUGGUCCAAUCCUUCACGAUAGAAACGUCUUUCGGAGGCCUUACGAGUGGUCCGAGAGCUGGAGUAUUAUAUGACGAAAUUAGUUGGAAAGAAUUGGGCCAAAAGUGCUGCGAAGCGACUUUCCACUACCUGUGCGGCAACGAUUCACCAAUUACGUCCUAUGUUGCUAAGGAAUUGUCGUUUUUGGCUCCAUCUGAUCCUCCAAAGAAAAGUGACAAUUGGGCACCUAAAGCUCGACUUCCUCCUGACGAUGCUCCGAAGCAGUCGAUCAGUUUCGCGUUAAAUGGUCGAAAAGGACAAGGAAUGUUUAGAUUGGGCGGUCCGACGAGUUAUUUGAAGGUUUCGCCUCAGAAUAUUGAGACAACACAGACAACAUAUAAGUUCCCGAAAUGGCAACAGAUGAAAUAUACUUUGAACUGA